CAAACCUAAGAGAAGGAAAGCUGUCUGGCCUCCCUCUUCGUUGGGGUGGCGGUAGUGGAGGGCUGUUUUCGCCCACCGUCCAGCCAUGCCCCACCCUGCCUUGGUGCACAGGCCAAGGCCUGUUUGGGGAGGUUGCCACAGCAGAACUGUGGGAUUGGCUCUGCUGACGCCUUCCCCUGGCAUAUGGCUCCUCCGCCCGCCUUGAGCUCUGCCAGCGGCUCCCCUUUCUCCAUGGCAACUUAGCUCAGUGGUCCCAGUGGAGGAGAGAGAAUCAAUUCUCCCUCCUUCCCGCCCUCCCGCUCCACUCCCCACCCCUUCCUCUCCCGCUUGCCUCCCUCUUUGCCUCGCUGUCCCUCCUGGUGGCUCCUCAUGCAGCCAGGGGACUGUGUGCUGCCACUUCCAGCCGGGAGCUGUCCGUAGCGCUGCAGGCUGGGGGCGGCUCUCUGAGACCUGCUGCACAUGGGCAGCCAGCAGAGUCUACAGGAUGGGCUGCUGAACGGGGCCCCAGCCAGCUCCUGCUGCGUGAGGCCGGCCCUGGUACUUUGUGCCCCCUCCCUUACCUCACGUUGGCUUCCUGAAAGGGUCCUCAGUGAAUUCUGUCAUGGUUAUUUAAGGAAUCUUGCCUAGGAAGUCCCCACAAGCACGCAGUUCCCUGCCGCCGGGAAGGCGUGGACUCCAAGAUGAUCAUAAAGGAAUACCGGAUUCCCCUGCCAAUGACCGUGGAGGAAUACCGCAUCGCCCAGCUGUACAUGAUACAGAAGAAAAGUCGCAAUGAGACCCACGGACAAGGCAGUGGCGUGGAGAUCCUGGAGAACCGGCCCUACACGGACGGCCCUGGUGGCUCUGGGCAGUACACCCACAAGGUGUAUCAUGUGGGCAUGCACAUCCCUGGCUGGUUCCGCUCCAUCUUGCCCAAGGCAGCUUUGCGGGUGGUGGAGGAGUCCUGGAACGCCUACCCCUACACCCGAACCAGGUUCACCUGUCCCUUUGUGGAGAAGUUCUCCAUUGACAUUGAAACCUUUUAUAAGACUGAUACUGGGGAAAACAAUAAUGUGUUCAGUCUGACUCCUGUGGAAAAGAACCAGCUGAUAACAGACAUCAUCGACAUCGUCAAGGAUCCUGUACCUCCCAAUGAGUAUAAGACAGAAGAAGACCCCAAGAUAUUCCAGUCGGUCAAGACUCGCCGGGGGCCGCUGUCUGACAACUGGAUCCAGGAGUACAAGAAGCGGCUCCUCCCCAUCAUGUGCGCCUACAAGCUCUGCAAGGUGGAGUUCCGUUACUGGGGCAUGCAGUCCAAGAUUGAGAGAUUCAUCCAUGACACAGGCCUGCGGCGGGUGAUGGUGCGGGCUCACCAGCAGGCCUGGUGCUGGCAGGAUGAGUGGUAUGGGCUGAGCAUGGAGAACAUCCGAGAACUGGAAAGAGAAGUGCAGCUCAUGCUGUCCCGAAAGAUGGCCCAGUUUGCGGAGGAUGGAGGAGCACUGGAGCUCUGCAAGGAGAGCACUGUUCAGGAGCAGGCAUCCGGAGCCCCCUGUGAGCCCAGCAGCAGCAAUGGGGAGUCCCGGGGGCGGGGCCUGAAGAAGCAGUGGUCCACCUCCUCCAAGUCCUCACGGUCCUCCAAGCGGGGAGCCAGCCCCUCCCGACACAGCAUCUCAGAGUGGAGAAUGCAGAGCAUCGCCAGGGACUCGGAUGAGGGCUCAGAAGAAGAGUUCUUUGAUGCACAAGAGGACCCGUACAAAGAGGAAGGAUUCCCCAAGGACAUCACGAAGUGGAACUCCAAUGACCUCAUGGACAAAAUGGAGAAUCCCGAGCCUGAGGACCAACAGGAUGGUCUGUACCACCAGAGUGACCCCGAGUUCAGGGUGGCCUCCAGUGUGGAGCAGCUGAACAUCAUCGAGGAUGAGGUGAGCCAGCCACUAGCCGCGCCACCCUCCAAGAUUCACGUGCUGCUGCUGGUGCUGCAUGGAGGCACCAUCCUGGACACUGGAGCUGGGGACCCCAGCUCCAAGCAGGGCGACACCAAUACCAUCACCAAUGUGUUCGACACCGUCAUGCGUGUGCACUACCCCAGUGCUCUAGGCCACCUAGCCAUCCGCCUGGUGCCCUGCCCGCCCAUCUGUGCGGAAGCCUUCGCCCUUGUCUCCAACCUCAGCCCCUACGGCCACGAUGAGGGCUGUCUGUCUAGCAGCCAGGACCACAUCCCCCUGGCUGCCCUGCCCCUGCUGGCCACCUCUUCACCCCAGUACCAGGAGGCAGUGGCUACAGUGAUUCAGAGGGCCAACCUGGCCUAUGGAGACUUCAUCAAGUCCCAGGAAGGUGUGACCUUCAGUGGACAGGUCUGCCUGAUUGGAGAUUGUGUUGGGGGCAUCCUGGCAUUCGAUGCCUUAUGCUACAGUGGCCAGCCAGUGUCGGAGAGUCAAAGCAGCAGUCGCCGGGGCAGUGUGGUCAGCAUGCAGGACGCUGACCUGCUGUCCCCGGGCAUCCUGGUGAAUGCAGCACACUGCUCCGGUGGCGGUGGCGGUGGCGGUGGCGGUGGCGGUGGCGGAGGCUCCAGCCUGGAGAGCAGUCGGCACCUGAGCCGCAGCAACAUUGACAUCCCCCGCAGCAAUGGCACCGAGGACCCCAGAAGGCAGCUGCCCCGCAAAAGGAGCGAUUCCUCCACCUAUGAGCUGGACACCAUCCAGCAGCACCAGGCCUUUCUGUCCAGCCUCCACGCCAGCGUGCUGAGGAACGAGACCAGCUCGCGCCGCUCAAGCAGUUCCACGAUGCUGGACGGUGCCGGAGCCCUGGGCAAGUUCGACUUCGAGAUCGCCGACCUCUUCCUCUUCGGGUGCCCACUGGGGCUAGUCUUAGCCUUGAGGAAAACGGUCAUCCCCUCCCUGGACGUUUUCCAGCUGCGGCCAGCCUGCCAGCAAGUGUACAACCUCUUCCACCCUGCGGACCCUUCAGCCUCCCGCCUAGAACCGCUGCUGGAGCGGCGCUUCCACACCCUGCCACCCUUCAGCAUCCCCCGAUACCAGCGCUACCCGCUGGGGGACGGCUGCUCCACACUGCUGGUCGAGACCGUGCAGAGAAACCCAGAGUUGGUCUUGGAGGGCGGCCCCCUGGCCCCUCUCCCCCACGGGGACAGCUUCCUGGAGACCAGUGUCCCCGUUCCCGCGCUCACCUGGCAGGACGGGCCCCGCCCGAGCCCGGGCUGUGCUGAGUCGGAUGCACUCCAGACCCACAACACAGUCUUCCAAGAGCACGCCGCCCCCUCGUCGCCUGGCACCGCCCCUACCAGCCGUGGUUUCCGCAGAGCCAGUGAGAUCAGCAUUGCCAGCCAGGUGUCCGGCAUGGCCGAGAACUGCACAGCAUCCGGCAUUGCCCAGAAGGGUUCCUCGUCGCUCAGCCACACCCCCAGCGUCAGGCGCCUAUCCUUGCUCGCCCUGCCCCCCCCAUCCCCUACCACCCAGGGUCCCCGUGCCAGGGCGAGGCAGGUGAGCCCCAACCUGGAGAGGUUCCCCUGCCUCCCUGACUUGGACAUCGGAGAAGUCGCCGCCAAGUGGUGGGGCCAGAAGCGGAUCGACUACGCCCUGUACUGCCCCGAUGCCCUCACGGCCUUCCCCACAGUGGCCCUGCCCCACCUCUUCCACGCCAGCUACUGGGAGUCCACCGACGUAGUCUCCUUUCUGCUGAGACAGGUCAUGCGUCACGACAGCUCCAGCAUCCUGGAGCUGGACGGCAAGGAGGUGUCGGUGUUCACGCCUUCGCAGCCCAGGGAGAAGUGGCAGCGCAAGAGGACCCACGUGAAGCUGCGGAACGUGACAGCCAACCACCGGAUCAAUGAUGCAGUUGCCAAUGAGGACGGCCCACAGAUCGUGACGGGCCGGUUCAUGUACGGGCCCUUGGACAUGGUCACCCUGACUGGGGAGAAGGUGGAUGUGCACAUCAUGAUGCAGCCACCCUCAGGUGAGUGGCUGUACCUGGACACCCUGGUGACCAACAGCAGUGGGCGGGUCUCCUACACCAUUCCAGAGACACACCGCCUGGGGGUGGGCGUCUACCCCGUCAAGAUGGUGGUCAGGGGAGACCACACAUUUGCCGACAGCUACAUCACCGUGCUGCCCAAGGGCACGGAGUUUGUGGUCUUCAGUAUCGAUGGCUCCUUUGCCGCCAGUGUGUCCAUCAUGGGCAGUGACCCCAAGGUGCGCGCCGGGGCGGUGGACGUGGUGCGACACUGGCAGGACCUGGGCUACCUCAUCAUCUACGUUACUGGCCGGCCCGACAUGCAGAAGCAGCGGGUGGUGGCGUGGCUGGCCCAGCACAACUUCCCUCACGGCGUGGUGUCCUUCUGCGAUGGCCUGGUGCACGACCCGCUGCGGCACAAGGCGAACUUCCUGAAGCUGCUCAUCUCUGAGCUGCACCUGCGCGCGCAUGCGGCCUACGGCUCCACGAAGGACGUGGCCGUCUACAGCUCCAUCAGCCUGUCUCCCAUGCACAUCUACAUCGUCGGCCGGCCCACCAAGAAGCUGCAGCAGCAAUGCCAGUUCAUCACGGAUGGCUAUGCCGCCCACCUGGCCCAGCUCAAGUACAAUCAUCGGGCACGUCCAGCCCGAAACACGGCCACGCGCAUGGCCCUGCGCAAGGGCAGCUUUGGCCUACCUGGCCAGGGAGACUUCCUGCGCUCCCGGAACCACCUGCUCCGCACCAUCUCAGCCCAGCCCAGCGGGCCCAGCCAUCGGCUCGAUCGGACACAGAACCAGAUGGACAGUGAGCAGCGGGGCCAGCGCAGCAUGAGUGUGGCGGCCAGCUGCUGGGGCCGGGCCAUGACAGGCCGGCUGGAACCAGGGGCAGCCGCAGGACCCAAGUAGGACACCGUCAGGAGGCGCUGUGGUCUCCAUGGUGCUAGGCCAGGGCACCGGCCCCACUGGGAGGCCUGGCCUGGGCACACGUAGGUGGCUGGGGACAAGCACAGACAUGGCCUGAGAGCUUGUCCCAGGGCCCCUGGAAGACAUGGCCAUGCCAACACAGUCCCCCCAGCCUUGCCUCAUGCCCUAGGCUCCGAGGAGCCCAGCUGGUCAUGGGUGCUGGCAGGAUGUCCAGCCCAUGAUAGAAGAGGAACCAGGAUGGGCCACCUAGUCCAGCCCGAGAGGCAUUCCUGGACGUCUUGCCCUGUGUUGAUCUCUCAGCCUCCUGGUGCCAGGCGUGGGUCUAAGCCCAGCUUGCCACCUCCUUGUCCACUGGCACCCCUUCCCAUUUGGUAGCAGCUCCAGCGGGGGUCCAGCCUGCUUUCUUGUUGACUCCGGUUCUCAACUGUCCAACCUCACUGGUUUCGCACUGGUCUUUGAGAGUGGAGACCCGUUACCAUCUCUCCUCUGGCUCCAGACAUGUCGACAUGCAUGACACCCAGUACCUGCUGAUCCAGGGCCUGUCGCCACACAGAAUAUUCCAGUGUGGCCAAUCUUCACGCAAGCAGGAGAGAAAGGCUCUAUCUUAAUUUCUGCCACCUGCCCGCUCCGCGGCAGCCCCACGGCAGCCCCACACUGCUGCCCACCCGUCCACCCGCCCCACCCAGAGCUCAGUGCAGUCCCAGGACUGGCGUCCCCCGGGGCCCUGAGCACAGCACAGGUGUGAGGUGAGCAGAGUGUGCAGCGGCCCCUGGCGACCCACGUGGGCAGCUGGGCCUGCUGCAGAAGGCCGGCCUCCGCCUCCACCUCCACCUCCACCUCCCGGCCUGCCAUGGGCUGGGCCCACGCCAUGGCUGCUGCCCACCGCGUUUCUACGCCUUUCUACUUCUCCAUCUGGUUUCUAUAAGGUUUUUUUAACAGGCGAUCCUCGGCUGCUUCCUUUUCUUAACUCGAUGUCAGCGCAGCCUGCUCCAUUAGGAACACCCAGCACUGUGACAGGGUCCCACGCAGUCUGGCCUGUGGGCCCUGCACCUGGUCCACUCGGCAAGGUGUGGGCUUCUCGCCUCACCUGACCCACAAUUCCACCGACUUCCUACUCUGGGGCGGGUGGAGCCUUAGGAUUUCUUAAUGCCAUUCCGUUUAAUGUCUACUCCAAGAAGCCACGGCUUGCUUCGUCAGCGUAAGGGCAGACAGCCAUUUUAUUUCUCCCCAGACAAGGCCAGGUGUCCCGCACGCUGGGUCUGAGGCUGCCUUCCCCGCCGCACUGAGCACAAUUCUGCCCCUUCUUCCUUGCACUGGCUGAGUCCGCCCAGCUCCGGCCAGCGGUCCAGCGACGGGGCUCUGUGCCUGAGGAGCCGCCAAGCCGCACUCAGACUCAGGGCCACGUGGCUAGGCUGAGCAGGUAUACAGGAGACAUGACUUUGCUGUAUAGACACCUACACCACAGGGCAUGUGAUGCCCCUGCCUUGGUGGGCCUAAACAGGAAGAAAGCUAUUUAUUUUGUGCAGAGAAAAAAAAAAGUCUGAGAGGCGAGAGCUUCAUGGCCUCCCCUAAGAUGUAGCUCUGUGGUUUCCGGUGUUGUGUAUAAAGCAGUGAUUACUUUAUGGACCAAGAUUCCAUGGACCUGUCACAGAGAAAGUGCAAUGUCUGCCCCACCCCGAAGGAUGCUGGUCCGACAAUCACUGCCCCACCCGGGGUCCCCGUGGCCAGUGCCUCCUCCCUCAGCCCCCCCGCCUUGCCUCAGCCAUUGGGAGAAGCACCUGGAAGCCUCAGGCCACCUGCAAUAAAGGCCAGGGAGGCCCUGGGGUCGGCAGGCUUGGCCUCUCCCCCGGGCAGCCCCCCGCGGCUCUGAAUGCCCCCGCCUGCCCAGCCGCCAGCCAUGCCAAGGACAACAGCAAUAGUUCCCUGGGGCUCUCCCAGGGCCCUUAGCCAUAGAUGGUGAGCCGGGCAGCCUUCCCCCCAAAACUCGCUCAAGUCUGCUUUCUGCUUCCCGUAAGAUCUCCUUUGGCUCAUUCUCUUGAGGAAGCCCCACUUUUACAGAAACUAAGAGAGGAAGGUCAAAGUCCCUUAAAAAUACCAAAAAAAUGUUUACAGUGUCAGGUGCUGAGCUGCAGGGCUCAGGCCUGGCCAUUCGUAACCAAAGGGUGAGGCAGACCUUGUCGCCUGCCACCCACCCCAGGCCUGUCAGAAUAGAAGCCUUAGUCACUCCCUCCCCACCCACAGUCCCCAGGACUGAGUCUCAAUGCCACCCCGCACCAACCACCUGCCUUCUCCUCCAUUUCUAAAGAAGGAUUCAGCAAAGAACACCCCCACCCCCUUCUGGUUCUGUGUGAGCUGCCCACCACCCUGCCCCAUUACACCUUCACAUCUCGGCCCCUCCCGUGUGUCCUCGUACUAUCUGUUUCUCUGGCCAAUGUGUGAACCCUGUCCCGACCCCACCCAUGCUGUCCCCGCAUCGUCCGGCCUGAGUGUGCUCUCUGUGUACCGUGUCACCGUCUGUUACACCAAUUAAAGAAGCAAGAGGCUUC